GGGCGUGUACCAGGAUUGGGUCCGUGCAAAAAAAUGAAAACAGGAGGAAAUUUUGCACACGUUACUAACAAAUUUGCUCGAACGUCGGAAGAAGUGAAAUGUGUCGUAUUCUGCUGCCAAUCUGCUCACACAAGAAUAAUACUGAAUCAGUCAGAAAUCUCUGAUCAUUUCGUGUCUUGAUUUAAGAACAUCCAACAUCAUGCCUAACUGUCCAAAGUGCAGCAAACCAGUAUAUUUCGUUGAGGAGGCCAAAGCCCUCGGAAAAACGUGGCACAAAACCUGUUUGAAGUGCACAAGUUGCAAGAAGACACUAACACCAGGAAACUUUUCAGAUAAAGAAAACCAGCCAUACUGUAAUCCUUGCUACCAGAAGAACUUUGGGGCAUCAGGCUACAGAGCAGGAGCUGGUGCGGGAGCUGCGAACUCUUACCAAUGGAACAAGAAGUAGAGUCUGCAACUUCAUUGUUUCACUCUCAAUUAUUUUUUAGUUCAAAUAUAUUGUUAGUAUGAUAGUAUUCCUAAUAUGAUAUUUUAUUAAAUUAUUAUUAGUAUGAUGACUGAUUUCAUCAGCAGGCCAUGAUAGUGAAGAAAAUGCAGAGAAAGAA